GCCUCAGUCUACUGUGUGUCAGUGAGGGGGGUGUGUGUCGCUACCCAGGUGCUAGUCAUUAUCACAGCUUGGUGCUAGUUUAGUCGUGCACGGUGCUGGUCCUCACUUGCCAGCCUAAAAGUCGGUGAAAAGUGAGACGUAGAUGCGGGAGAAUCUGUGCUAGCAGCCUGCAGAGGCGAGGAAAUAGUGUGAUAGAUGAUGUGGUGGGUGGGUCGACCUGUUGCUGCAACCCCACGCUGCUUAGGGCUACAGCCUUGGCUAUUCCUCUAUAUGUAGUGCAUUACUAGCAAAACUUGCUAUCAUAGUCUCCCUUACCUGGGGAGAAAAAAAUUCUCUAAAGCUAUGAUUUAGCACAAAUUACCCAGCAGUGAAUGGCAGGUCCACUGAAUGUCAAGUACGAGAACCUGAAGAUUUACGCAAGGAGUGUGAAAAGGUUGUGCAUGCGGGGAGUUGGGCGUGUCGCCCAUCAUGGUGGGCCUGCCGCCCCAUGAGCCACCCAGGCCCACGCUUCUUCUGCUGCUGGUGCUGUCAUGAGGAUGUCUUGCAGUGGGUGGGCAAGAGAUGGGCGGGCGCCCCCUGCGCCAGACUCCGUGGCCUAUCGCCGCUACCUGAGGCAUUUGCCCGAGUACCAAGCUAAGAGCAAGGAUGAUGACGUGGAGGGGGGUGCAGGGGUGGAGGUGCAAGAUACAGCAGGGAUGGAGGUGAAGGAGAUGAUAGUGCAGGAGAGAACAGAGAUGAAUUUACAGGAGGGGUUGAGAGAUGAAGCAGUGGUGGAGGUGCAGUUGAGAGUGAGGGAGAUGGAGGUGCAGGAGAGGGUGGAGGUACAGGAGAGGGUAGUAGUGGUGGGAGGCAAGCAAGCCGUGCAGAAGCCUGGUGAUGAGUGUAAUAGGGCAGCCGAGAUAGGUGACGAGAAAGAAGAUAAGUUGCCGGAUGUCAACGUAAGAAGCUUGGUGCGACAGUACACAGACAUGUUGGUGAGCCGCAACACGGCCAGCACCCAGCUCCUCACCUCCCGCUCCUGUUGCAAUCUCCACGCCCCUGCCGCCCCUCACCAGGGCACGCCGCCCCGACGCUACCCCCUCCACGAAAGAUCUAACCCCUACCAGGAAGAGGACUCGCCCCGGGGGUCGCUAGACUCGGGUGAUGGGGAGAGCUGUGACGCACGCAGCAGCAGGUCCUUCUCGCUACCCUGGCAGAGUGACCCGUCCUGGCGCUGGCAGAGUGACCCCAACCUAACCUUAGCAGCCCAGGCUCUGCCCUUGGUUAUCUUACGCACAUCGCGCGCCUCUCCAAAGCUCAGUUCCUCUCUGGCUCGUCUGGAUUCCGCCGCUAGUGACGAAGGGUGUCCUGGCGACGACGGUUCCGCGGCCACGACGCCGUCGCCGUCGCCCGUCUUCCGUAGCACCGUAGCCAACCGUCUAUCAGGUCUCAUAACGCCCUUCAGGUCCCUCUCCCCCGCCUCCUCCAUGGGCUCACGCCUGGGCUCCGUGGAAAACCUCCCUCUGGUGCGCUCCACCUCAGUGGGCCACGCCUUGGACCACUGGGUACGCUCGCAGUCUGCAGACAGCGCCGUCGAAGUUGAAGAAGACGGCCCGGUGUUCCCGGCAGCGUCGCCCACGAGCGGCGUCCGCCAAGUGAAUAAUAAUCCCGUCAUCAACGAUACCUGUAACAUCAGUAACAAAAGUGUCAAUAAGGGUGAAAAGUGCAGUGAAUCUUGUACACGUGAACGAUCCAAGUGCAGUGGUUCGUGCCUCCAGGGGCAACAUAAGUGCAGUGGUUCGUGCCUCCAGGGGCAACAUAAGUGCAGUGGUUCGUGCCUCCAGGGGCAACAUAAGUGCAUGUGGUUCGUGCCUCCAGGGGCAACAUAGUGCAAUGAUUCGUGCCUCCAGAGGCAACAUAAGUGCACGAACGGAGUUGAGGUAUCUGCCGAUGGCAUCAGUACUGGUCAAGUGUUCCACGAUUGUGCUAAAACCACCUCAGAAGGUAAAGCGAUAUGUGUUAAUGAGACUAACACAGGCGGGGAGAUUAACGUAGACAUAGAUGGAGAAACGGUGACGCUUCGUCGCAAAGCAUCCAACAUGAACCACAGGUGUCAGGAGACGCAGCAACGGCGCUGCGGCUGCGUCAAUUGUGAUGAGCUAGUGCGGCGCAUGAGGGGAUGUGGGGGAGUGGCGACGCAGGAUGCCGGCGACGACUCCUGCAGGAAGGCGCUGCGGACACCCUCUGUAGUGAUCAGUGACCACAGCGGCGACACAAUCAGCCUGACGGUGGCGCUGGCCUCCAGCGACUUCUCCUUAGACAAGCUCUACACGCUACAACACUCUGCUUCCUCCCCCACACUCUCCGUCAGCGAUGACUCCUCCCGCAAGGUGUCCAGCUGCUCCUCCUGCUCCAGCGUGAGCACCGUCGACCUCACCACUCCCCUCACACUCACCCCCGUCAGCCUAGAGAGCUUAAUGGAGGUGCCGCAACAGCGGCGCAUCUCCAACUGCUCCACCUGCAGCAACGUCAGCGCCUCCGAGGAGGAAGUUGACCACAUCCUCCAGCGUCUGCCGCCACCCAGAAAGCCAUCCAACUGGCGGAAGGUGCGAAACGUUGUACAGUGGACGCCCUUCAUCCAGACUUACAAGAAGCACAAAUACCCUUGGGUACAACUUGCAGGGCAUCAGGGAAAUUUCCGAGCUGGAUACAAGCAAGGAACCAUAUUAAAGAAGUUAUGUCCUGUAGAAGAAAAAGCGUUGGAAGCCAUCUCAGCAGAUAUUUUACGACCUUAUGUUCCACGUUAUACAGGAGUGGUGGAAGGAACAGAUGGAGAGAAAUACCUCCAGCUUGAAGACUUGUUAAGUAAUUAUACUCUUCCCUGCGUUAUGGACAUUAAAAUGGGAGUUCGAACAUAUCUGGAAGAUGAGUUGGCGAAGGCAAGAGAAAAACCAAAAUUAAGAAAGGACAUGUAUGAGAAGAUGAUUCAGAUCGAUCCUAAAGCACCCACUGAUGCUGAACACAGAGCAAAGGCAGUCACCAAACCGAGGUAUGAGAAUGUAAAUGGUUUAUAUACUAUUUGGUACUAUAGUGUACACACAAGCAAGGAUGUUAGAUGGAAGUGAGCAAAGGCAAGUGGCAUUUGGAAAGUGAUGUAAUGGAUAUAUAUACGUCGUGCUGAAUAGGUAAAACUUGCAAUUUAGGUUUAAAUACUAGCAGUGCUCUUCUUGCCGAAUAAGGCAAGUGAAAAGUUAUGUAUGCAACAAUUUCGCAAAAUCAUUCAGGACCCAAUGAAAAAGAAAUAUUUCAUUGUGUUUGUUAAUUAUUAAAUUAUUGUAAACUUAUCUAAAAUAUAUUUAGUUGGAUUAGGCUAAAUUUAGUUGCACUUGUUAUAAUAAGGUUAGGUGAGUUUUCUAAGGUUCUUUUGGUACAAAAUUAUUAAUUUUUACAUUAACAUAAAUGAAAAAAUAUAUCUUUAAACAUAUAAGAGAAAAUUUUAAAAAGGACUUAAUUUUAAAUGAGUUCUUGCUAAUUGACCAGUUUUACCUAUUUGGCACAACAUAUAUAAAUGGAUUUAGAGAUGGUAGUGAGCAGAGGCAAGUGGCAUUUGGAAACUGAUGUACUGUAUGUAUAUGAAUGGAUUUAGAGAUGGAAGUGAGCGAAGACAAGUUUUGGAGGUAAAAAGUGCAGUGUACCUUGAAGGCCAGGUGGGCUGGGAUGUUGCAGUGCAGUGGAUCAACAUUGGAAGUUAUUUUUUGUGAUAAUGAAUGGAUUUUUCCUUUGGGUUACAGUGCCAUAGUAAGAAAUGGCUGACGUGUUAUAAAUACAGCAUAUGUGUGCGCAUCUAGGUAGUAGGUUGGUAGACAGCAGCUGCCCAGGGAGGUACUACCGUCCUGCCAGAUGAGUGUAAAACAGAAGCCUGUAGUUGUUUUUCUUGAUUUAUUUAUUUAUUCAUUUAUUUAUUUAUUUGGACAUGAUACAUAGUUGUACAAAGAAAUAUAGUGAUUGGGUGCACAUGCCAAAGCCCCUUGUAUGCAGAACAUUAUGGGCAGCUUAAAAUUAACUUAAGAUUAACUAAGUAAUGAUAUAUUCAGUGGUAAAAAUUACAGUAAACAAAUUACUACAUGAAGUACAAAUGAGUAUUUCAAAUAAGAAGCAUUACAGUUGUACAAAUUUGUAACAUAACAAUGUAUAAUAUAAUCAAAUCAGAUCGAGUAAAAUCAAUGAUUUGUAGUGCAGAAACAGGUCAUAUGGUCAUUAGAUGAGUUACUGUACAUUCAAGAGAAUGGAGUAUUCUAUUAGGUAAUGUAAUUAAAAAAAAAUACAUAGUUUGAUAGGGUCACAGGUUAUACAUUUAUAAGAUUCAGUUACUCAGUAUUUAUUUAGUUGUGGUUGAGUAAGUGGUUUUUAAGAAGAGUCUUGAAUUGAUAAAGAGACAGUAUUUCUUUUAUAUUCACAGGUAAUGAAUUCCAGAUUUUUGGGCCUUUUAUGCUAAUUGAGUUUUUACAUAGUGUGAGAUGGGCACGGGGAACAUCAAAGAGUGAUAUGUGCCUUGUGUUAUCAUCAUGUGUUUUGUUGAGGUUGGUAAGGAGAAGUUUGUGGGGAGGGUUUAUAUCCAAGUUUAGUGUUCUAUGUAUGUAGUAGGCACAAUAAUAAGUAUGGAUGUUUUGUACGGUGAGUAAGUUUAAAGUUUUGACUGUUGGUGGAGUAUGCUGCCUGGAGUGGGAAUUUGUUAUCAUUUUGACUGCAGCCUUUUGUUGGGCAAUUAAUGGUCUGAGAUGAUUUAUUGUUGUUGAGCCCUGUGCACAAAUUCCAUAGUGAGAUAGGGGUAAAUGAGUGAGUGAUAUAGGGCCAGGAGGGCUGACUGUGGAACAUAGUACCGUAUCUUCGAUAGUAUGCCUACGGUUUUGGAGAUUUUCUUGGAAAUUUGUUGUACACAUGUUUGAAAUUGAGUGUUAUCAAGGUGGAUUCCUGAGAAUUUUCCCUCUGUGAUCUUUGUGAUAGGUGAUCCGUUUAUCAUUAUGUUAAGAGGAACAUCCGUAGUUCUGUUCCCAAACUGAAUGUAGUAGGUUUUGUCAAUAUUGAGAGUAAGUUUGUUAAUCAUUAUCCAGGUAGAUAUUUUCUGUAAUUCGGUAUUUACAGUAUUGGCUAGUAUGACUGGGCUUGGGUGAGAGAAGAUGUAUGUAAUGUCAUCUGCAAAUAGUGUGGGUUUGACUAGUUGUGAUGCAUUUGGUAGGUCGUUUAUGUAAAUGAGAAAGAGAAGAAGGCCAAGGACACUUCCCUGUUGGACACCAACUGUAAUUGGCUAUGUGGAAGAGUUUGCUCCAUUUGUGUACACAUAUUGGCUUCUGUUGCUAAGGUAUGACUUUAGGUAGUUGAGGGAGUUCCCUCUUAUACCAUAGUGUGAUAAUUUUAUGUGCAGCAAAUCAUGGUCAACUGUGUCAAAAGCUUUACGUAAAUCAAUGAAGAUCCCCAAUGGGACUUCUUUUUUUUCUCGAGUGCAGUGUAUAUUUGUGUUAGCAUGAUGGUGGAAUUGCUUGUGUCUUUUUUCUGUCUAAUAAACAUGUAAGAUUUCAGGUAUGUCUUGCUACUUCUACUUACACUUGAGUCACACUGCACAUGCAUGUACAAGUAUAUAUAUACACACCCCUCUGGGUUUUCUUCUAUUUUCUUACUAGUUCUUGUUUAUUUCCUCUUAUCUCCAUGGGGAACCAGAACAGAAUUCUUCCUCUGUAAGCCAUGCACAUCGUAAGAGGCGACUAAAAUGCCAGGAGCAAGGGGCUAGUAACCCUUUCUCCUGUAUAUACUACUAAAGCUAAAAAGAGAAUCUUCUGUUUUUCUUUUUUGGGCCAUCCUGCCUCAGUGGGAUACAGCCGGUUUGUUGAAAGAAGAUGUGUGUAAAUGUAUGCAAACUAUAUGUGUAGUACCAGAAGGUUGCCUGAAGAUGGCCUUGCUUCUGAGUCCCAGACCAGCUCUCCUGGUUAAUGACUUGAUCAGCCAGGCUGUUCAUGAGGUUUGAUCAGUAACUGAAUUGAAGACCUUACACAAUUCCCUUUUGAAAAUAACUGCCGGACUGCUGGUAAUUUUCCAUAUGUGUAUGAAGAGAGUUUCUGAAAAAUCUUGGUCCCUUUACACUUAUUGAGUUCUCUUAGUUUACUCAUUGCAUUGCGGCUUUUCAUUGGAAGUAUUUGCAUUAUUUGCUAAGUAUCUUGCUCUUGUAAGAAGUAAUUUUAGUGUGCAGAUUUGAGAUCAUUCCCUUCAGAAUUUUCCAGAUGUGAAUCAUGAUGUUACAUGUACAUAUUUUUCUCUCCUACAUUCCAGGGAUUUCAGUUCAAAGGACUUUAGGCAUUUCUAAUAAUUUGAGUGCUUGAUUGAAUUCAUAUGGGUAGUAGAGGCUUUCUGUACAUUCUCCAGUUCUACAGUUUGGCCUGUCCUGAAAGGGAAUGCUCAUAUACAACAAUGUUGCAGUCUGAGAGAGCACAAGUGACUGAAAGAGUAUCAUCAUUGGCUUGGAAUCUCUUGUUUAAGGGUUCUAGUUAUACAACCUAUAAUUCCCUUGGAGUUGUGAAAGCAGCACUGUUGUUUCUUGAGCAUAAGAUCUGACAUUAUCACUCCUGAUUCCCUCACAUUCCUCUUCUGCUUUAUUGAAUGGUUUGAGUUUGUUUUAUAUUCUGUUCCAGUUUUUAAUUUUUUAGUUUGUCCAUAGUUGAGUACAGUAACUGAAUUUUGUCCUCACUGAAUAUUAUUUGUUUUCUGUAGCUCACUGAAGACCUGGUUAAUAUUAUCUUUGAAUUUUGCUGUGUCCUCAGUGGGUGCCAUUCUCAUACAAAUUCUUAUAUCGUCUGCAAAGAAUGAUACAGUGUUGUGUCUCAUGUCUCUGUGUAUGUUGAAAGUGAGAAUAAGAAAGAGAAUUAUAGUGAGUAUUCUACCUUCAGGUACAAUACUUACCCCACCUUGUUGAGUCUUACUACUGGCAUCUGAUUUGUUAGAAAAUAAAAAAUCCAUCUGUCUACUUUCCCAUUAUGUUUACACUACAAUAUGAUUACACUACUAGAAGGCUUUUGUAAUGUGUGUGUUUACUGUUUCUACAUUAUGUUUAUCUUCUCUUGCAUCCAAGACUGUGUUGUAAUGGCCUAGUGAUGGUGAGAGGCAGGAGAGACGACCUGUUCUAAAUCCAUGUUGCCCUGGGUUGUGCAAUUACGUAUUGUGAUCCCAUGUGGCUAAUUAGCAGUCUUGCUUCUUAAUCCUUUAAAUUGUAGAGCUAUGUUUGCUCGUGUAGCGCUCCGAACAUACAUCUACUUUUUUUUUUUUACAUAAGAAAGCAUGUAAAAUCAAACGUAGAUCUAUGUUCAGAGUGCUACACGAGCAAACGUAGAUCUACGUUUGGACAGUUUAAGGGUUAAAACACUUUCAAAAAAUUUUGAUUAUGUGGGGCAUCAGUACUAUUGCUCUAUAGUUUUUUGUGAUUUCCUUGGUGUCACCUUUGAAACAGAGCUAUACCCAUGGCUUUUAAUGAGUGUGGAUGACUUCUGUCUCCAGACUCUGUCUUCAUUGGUUAUUUAAGACACAAUAGUUUUUUGUAGUUAUUUGAUGAAUGUGGAGUUUCAUGAGUCGGGAACUCCAUAUUCAUCAAGGACUUUUCCAUAAUAAAGGUUUGCUCUGAA